GCUGUCUGAGCCCUUUACCUCUCCAGGAGGAAUACAUGGACUGGACGGAGGGGGAAUGAGUAAGGAAAGGACUUGACAAGUCACUCUUUGUCCAGGAAACUAUGGCAAUGAAGUUGAUGGCAUGUCACGGCCCCAGCGGCCUCGGCCCCGGAAGGAGCCUGGGGAUGAAGAAGAAGUAGACUUGAUUCAGAACUCCAGUGAUGAUGAGGGGGAUGAAGGCGGAGACCUGGCCUCAGUGUCUUCCACCCCACCUAUGCGGCCCCAGAUCACAGACAGGAACUACUUCCACCUGCCCUACCUGGAGCGCAAGCCCUGCAUCUACAUCAAGAGUUGGUGGCCUGACCAGAGACGACGCCUCUACAAUGCAAACAUCAUGGACCACAUAGCUGAUAAGCUGGAGGAAGGUUUGAAUGACGUGCAGGAGAUGAUCAAAACGGAGAAGUCCUACCCAGAGCGCCGCCUCCGGGGUGUGCUGGAGGAACUGAGCUGUGGCUGCCAUCGCUUCCUCUCCCUCUCGGACAAGGACCAGGGCCACUCGUCCCGCACCAAACUGGACCGGGAGCGCCUCAAGUCCUGUAUGAGGGAGCUGGAAAGCAUGGGACAACAGGCCAAGAGCCUGAGGGCCCAGGUGAAGCGACAUACUGUACGGGACAAGCUGAGGCUAUGCCAGAACUUCCUACAGAAGCUACGCUUCCUGGCAGAUGAGCCCCAGCACAGCAUUCCAGAUGUGUUCAUCUGGAUGAUGAGCAACAACAAGCGCAUCGCCUAUGCCCGGGUGCCCUCCAAAGACCUGCUCUUCUCCAUCGUGGAGGAGGAGCUGGGCAAGGACUGUGCCAAAGUCAAGACCCUCUUCCUCAAGCUGCCAGGGAAGAGGGGCUUUGGCUCGGCAGGUUGGACAGUACAGGCCAAGCUGGAGCUCUACCUGUGGCUGGGCCUCAGUAAGCAGCGGAAGGACUUCCUGUGUGGCCUGCCCUGUGGCUUCGAGGAGGUCAAAGCAGCCCAAGGCCUGGGUCUGCACUCCUUUCCACCAAUCAGCCUGGUCUACACCAAGAAGCAAGUCUUCCAGCUCCGAGCCCACAUGUAUCAGGCCCGAAGCCUCUUUGCUGCUGACAGCAGUGGGCUCUCUGAUCCCUUCGCCCGUGUCUUCUUCAUCAACCAGAGCCAGUGCACUGAGGUUCUGAACGAGACAUUGUGUCCCACUUGGGACCAAAUGCUGGUGUUUGACAACCUGGAGCUGUACGGUGAAGCUCAUGAGUUACGAGACGAUCCCCCCAUCAUUGUCAUUGAAAUCUAUGACCAGGACACCAUGGGUAAAGCUGACUUCAUGGGCCGGACCUUCGCCAAGCCCCUGGUGAAGAUGGCAGAUGAGGCAUACUGCCCGCCUCGUUUUCCGCCCCAGCUUGAGUACUACCAGAUCUACCGAGGCAAUGCCACGGCCGGAGACCUCCUGGCUGCCUUUGAGCUGCUACAGAUUGGGCCAUCAGGGAAGGCUGACCUGCCACCCAUCAAUGGUCCAGUGGACAUGGACAGAGGACCCAUCAUGCCUGUGCCCGUGGGAAUCCGGCCAGUGCUCAGCAAGUAUCGUGUGGAGGUGCUGUUCUGGGGCCUGAGGGACUUGAAGAGAGUGAACCUGGCCCAGGUGGACCGACCACGGGUGGACAUCGAGUGUGCAGGAAAGGGGGUACAGUCAUCCCUGAUCCACAAUUAUAAGAAGAACCCCAAUUUUAACACCCUGGUCAAGUGGUUUGAAGUGGACCUCCCGGAGAAUGAGCUGCUGCACCCGCCCUUGAACAUCCGCGUGGUGGACUGCCGGGCCUUUGGACGAUACACCCUGGUGGGCUCCCACGCAGUCAGCUCACUGCGGCGCUUCAUCUACCGACCCCCAGACCGCUCAGCCGCCAAUUGGAACACCACAGGGGAGGUUGUAGUGAGCAUGGAACCAGAGGUGCCCGUCAAGAAGCUGGAGACCAUGGUGAAGUUGGAUGCGACUUCCGAUGCUGUGGUCAAGGUGGAUGUGGCUGAGGAGGAGAAGGAAAAGAAGAAGAAGAAAAAGAAAGGCACGUCAGACGAAGCAGAGGAAGAGGAGCCUGAUGAGAGCAUGCUGGAUUGGUGGUCCAAGUAUUUUGCCUCCAUCGACACAAUGAAGGAGCAACUUCGACAACAUGAGUCCUCUGGGACUGACUUAGAAGAGAAGGAAGAAAUGGAUACCGCUGAAGGGUCAGGCCCAAAGGGGCCAAUGAAGAGCAAAGAGAAGUCCAGGGCUGCAAAGGAGGAGAAAAAGAAGAAAAACCAGAGCCCUGGCUCUGUCCAGGGAUCGGAGGCUCCUGAGAAGAAGAAAGCCAAGAUUGAUGAGCUCAAGGUGUACCCCAAGGAGCUGGAGUCAGAGUUCGACAACUUUGAGGACUGGCUGCACACCUUCAAUCUACUGCGGGGCAAGACAGGGGACGACGAAGACGGCUCCACGGAAGAGGAGCGCAUCGUGGGUCGCUUCAAGGGUUCCCUGUGCGUGUACAAAGUGCCACUCCCAGAGGAUGUAGCUCGAGAAGCUGGCUACGACCCCACCUACGGAAUGUUCCAAGGCAUCCCAAGCAAUGACCCCAUUAACGUGUUGGUUCGAGUCUAUGUGGUCCGGGCCACAGACCUGCACCCGGCUGACAUCAAUGGCAAAGCUGACCCCUACAUCGCCAUCAAGCUAGGCAAGACUGACAUCCGUGACAAGGAGAACUACAUCUCCAAGCAGCUCAACCCCGUAUUUGGGAAGUCCUUUGACAUCGAGGCCUCCUUCCCAAUGGAGUCCAUGCUGACAGUGGCCGUGUACGACUGGGAUCUGGUGGGCACUGAUGACCUCAUUGGAGAAACCAAGAUCGACUUGGAAAACCGCUUCUACAGCAAGCACCGCGCCACCUGCGGCAUUGCGCAGACCUACUCCAUACAUGGCUACAAUAUCUGGAGGGACCCCAUGAAGCCCAGCCAGAUCUUAACUCGUCUCUGUAAAGAAGGCAAAGUGGACGGCCCCCACUUUGGUCCCCAUGGGAGAGUGAAGGUCGCCAAUCGUGUCUUCACGGGGCCUUCAGAAAUAGAGGACGAGAAUGGUCAGAAGAAGCCCACAGAUGAGCACGUGGCUCUGUCUGCCCUGAGACACUGGGAGGACAUCCCCCGAGUGGGCUGCCACCUUGUACCAGAACACGUGGAGACCAGGCCGCUGCUCAACCCUGACAAGCCCGGCAUUGAGCAGGGUCGCCUGGAGCUGUGGGUGGAUAUGUUCCCCAUGGACAUGCCAGCCCCUGGGACACCUCUAGACAUCUCCCCUAGGAAACCUAAGAAGUACGAGCUACGGGUCAUCGUGUGGAACACAGAUGAGGUGGUCCUAGAAGAUGACGAUUUCUUCACGGGAGAGAAGUCCAGUGACAUUUUUGUGCGGGGGUGGCUGAAGGGCCAGCAGGAGGACAAACAGGACACAGAUGUCCACUACCACUCCCUCACUGGUGAGGGCAACUUCAACUGGCGUUACCUGUUCCCCUUUGACUACCUGGCGGCCGAAGAGAAGAUCGUCAUGUCUAAAAAGGAGUCUAUGUUCUCCUGGGAUGAGACGGAGUACAAGAUCCCUGCACGGCUCACCCUACAGAUAUGGGAUGCUGACCACUUCUCUGCUGACGACUUUCUGGGGGCCAUCGAGCUGGACCUGAACCGGUUCCCAAGGGGUGCUAAGACAGCCAAGCAGUGCACCAUGGAGAUGGCCACAGGGGAGGUGGACGUGCCCCUGGUUUCCAUCUUUAAACAGAAGCGCGUCAAAGGCUGGUGGCCCCUCCUGGCCCGCAAUGAGAAUGAUGAGUUUGAGCUCACGGGCAAAGUGGAGGCGGAGUUACACUUACUGACGGCAGAGGAGGCGGAGAAGAACCCAGUGGGCCUGGCCCGCAAUGAACCUGAUCCCCUAGAAAAACCCAACCGGCCUGACACAGCCUUCGUCUGGUUCCUGAACCCGCUCAAGUCUAUAAAGUACCUCAUCUGCACCCGGUACAAGUGGUUGAUCAUCAAGAUCGUGCUGGCGUUGCUGGGGCUGCUCAUGCUGGGCCUUUUCCUCUACAGCCUCCCAGGCUACAUGGUCAAGAAGCUCCUUGGGGCCUGAAGCAUCCCCGGCCCUGCCCUGCCCCAGCAACCCUCCAGGGGCUUCUUUCUUUGCCUUCCCUCACCUGGACUCUUUCCCAACUCUCUGGGGAGCCCCACCACCGCUGCCAGCUUCGAGCAAGACACCUGCUUGCUGGGCUGCCAUCCUCACCCCAAACCCAAACUGCUGCUUGCCUGGUCUUGCCCCAGUCCUGCUUGGAGUUUGGAGCACAGUUGUAAUCGGUGGCAUCCAAAGGCAGGUACCCCCAAGCCCCACAUUCCAUGAAAACACACUCCUCGGUCCAGCUCCCAGAGUGGCAGGGACCCAGCCCUCCAUUGAACAUUACAGAUAUUCGGUUAAGGCUCCAGUGAAAUCAACCAAAGAACAUGGGGCAGUGCUGAAAGCUUGAAUAGGAGGAACAAGUGGGAAGCACCAGAAAUGCCACCACAAGCCACACAACAGAACAGUCCGUACAAGGCCACAGCAGCCGGUUGCUUCUGCGCAUGCUCUCCUCUUGGCUCCUCCUCCUUCCCUCAACUGCGCAGCAGCUUAUCCUGAGGCUUCCCAUCACAGCCCCCCCACCCCCACCCCGGGCUUCCUCUGUCUAGGCCAGUGUGUGCCGGCCGGCCGCUACACAACCCUAAGAGGGAACCCAGUGUCCUAGCCGUCCUGAAGGCAGCCCUGUCAAGCCUGUUGGCAGCCACAGCCAGGAGUCUACACUACGAGCGCUGCUCUUCUGCCUCUGCGAGUCUGCCGGUUGCUUUUCUUGAGUGUGAUUUUUCUCUUAAUAAAAUAA